CAAGGAACCUAGGGCUCUGAGAACAUGGAAACCACAUCUCCAGUUUGUCACAUACAGGAAAAGGACUGGGCAUCAUCUAUAGAAUUCUGUCUUUCUCAGCCUCUCAAAUGCUUUGCCACCGUAAUGAGAGCCAUGCUGUUCAACAAGAAGCAUGUCAAUCACUAGCUACAGGGUCAAAUCCUCCAUACCAGGGACCAGGCCAAAACGAGAUUGCCACUGCCCCCACUUGGGCCCCACUGUCCUCAGAAGCAGCUGCUGUGAUCAUGGGGAAUAUCUUUGGAAACCUUCUCAAGAGCCUGAUUGGGAAGAAGGAGAUGCGCAUCCUGAUGGUGGGUCUGGAUGCUGCAGGAAAGACCACCAUCCUGUACAAGCUGAAACUGGGGGAAAUUGUCACCACCAUCCCCACCAUCGGGUUCAACGUCGAGACUGUGGAAUACAAGAACAUCAGCUUCACAGUUUGGGAUGUUGGUGGUCAGGACAAGAUUCGGCCCCUCUGGAGACAUUACUUCCAGAACACCCAAGGGUUGAUAUUUGUGGUGGACAGCAAUGAUCGGGAGCGAGUAAAUGAGGCCCGGGAGGAGCUGAUGAGGAUGCUGGCGGAGGAUGAGCUCCGGGAUGCUGUGCUGCUUGUCUUCGCAAACAAACAGGAUCUGCCUAAUGCUAUGAACGCUGCUGAGAUCACAGACAAGCUGGGCCUGCAUUCCCUGCGUCACCGCAACUGGUACAUUCAAGCCACCUGUGCCACCAGCGGGGACGGGCUAUACGAAGGCCUGGACUGGCUGGCCAAUCAGCUCAAAAACAAGAAGUGAGGAGCCAGACAGCCCUAUCUGAUUGCCCCACCCUUCCCUGACACGUCUGUCUCCCUACCCCUUCCUUCCCAUUGCAAGUGUGGCCAGGGCCCUGGGUAUCAUGUCCGCAUGCCCAGCAAGAGCCUUGCCUCUCCUGCCCCCUGCCCCCUCCCCUCCCCAUCCAUCGACAUGACCAGUCCAGUUCCCCAGUUGCUGUCCUGAUGAUGAAUCAUUCCAAUUUACUGGAUUUAAAACAAAAACAA